AUUUUAGUAAGCGCUCUCAGGGAAAGGCCAGAAAAAACGAGAGAGAAAGUGAGGGAAAAAAUAAAAAAGUUUUAGGGUUUAUUAUUAUUAUUAUUUUUUUUGGUAAUCUGUUCUUCCUUGGCUGUGUACUACUUGAUCGAGAGCAUCAGCUUAGAGACGAUUGCUUCAAGUGUAUUGCUGGUUCGAUCAAUUCCUCCGUAAGCUUACGCGUUAAAGCUUAAUGUGUAACUGCAUCUCGACCGUGCUCUGAAUUGAUUCACUCUCUCUCUCUGUAGUGUAGUAGUGUGCUAUGUCAGAUUCGUCAUACAGGUCUUUCAAUUGGUAGGAUUUGUAUUAUAUCCAUGGAUAAACCUAGACAUCAACAGAUUUUUCAGCACUCCAUGGAACCUGGAUAUGGAAACGAGGCUGUUCCUCAACCGUUUAUCCCUGAUCAAACAGGGGGCACUAGUGCUAAUGUGCGACCUUUCAAUUCUAAUGGUUCAGAUGUUAAGCCUGUGCAUAACUACUCCAUUCAAACAGGUGAGGAAUUCGCUUUUAUGCGUGAUCGGGUCAUUCCUCAGAGGUCCUCGAAUUCCAAUGCACCUGGCGACAUGAAUUAUACCACUGGUUAUAUGGACUUUAGAGGCUUGAUAGGGGGGCUAAGUCACACUGGAUCUGAGUGUGCUUCAGAUGUCUCUAGGUUCAGCACUGUGGAAAAUGGCACCAGGGAUAAUGAGAGGACAAACUCUUCACUUCACGAGUUUGGGAAUAAACUUGGUCAUGUCCAGUCAGCACCACAGGCUUCCAUGACUAAAGAUAGCAGUGUAGGAAAUUUACAGGGAUACGCUUCUUCUUCAGCCUCAGGUAGUGUUACAGCAAAGGUCAAGAUCCUUUGCAGUUUCGGUGGGAAAAUACUUCCACGUCCAGGUGAUUCAAAGCUUCGAUACGUUGGAGGUGAUACACACAUAAUUUCCAUAAGAAAGGAUAUAUCUUGGCCGGAGCUGAGGCAAAAAAUCCUUGAAAUCUAUUACCAAACACGUGUUGUAAAGUAUCAGCUUCCUGGUGAAGAUCUUGACGCGUUGGUGUCUGUAUCAUGUGAAGAAGAUCUCCAGAAUAUGUUGGAAGAGUAUAACGAGAUGGAAAACCGUGGGGGUUCUCAGAAGCUUAGGAUGUUUUUGUUCUCUAUCAGUGAUAUGGAUGAUGCUCUUUUGGGGGUUAACAAAAAUGACGCCGACUCUGAGUUUCAAUAUGUUGUAGCUGUAAACGGCAUGGACAUUGGAUCAGGAAAGAAGCCAAUCCUUCAUGCGCUGGACAGCUCUUCAGCAAACAACUUAGCGGAGCUUGAUGUACGGACCACCAAGGGGAUCAAUACUAUUGCUGGAGAUGUUGGAGGAGUUGGCGCAUCACAGUCGAUGCUAGAUGGCUUCCAACAAUCAUCCGUUCAGCAGUCUGAGUCUAUUCCACCAAACUCAUCGCUUUAUUAUUCUCAAUCUAUUCCACCGAAUGCUACAUAUCAGUUACAGCAAUCUGUUCAGCCAAGUUCUGCUCUUCACUAUUCUCAGUCCAUUCCCCCAGGUUCCCCUCUUCAGUAUCCCCAAUCUAUUACGCCAGCCUCCUCUUUCCAGUAUCCACAAUCCAUCACUCCGGGUUCUGCCAGUUCCUAUGGAAUAUACCCGCAAUACUAUGGGCAUGUGGUUCAACCUGGACAAAGAGAACGGUUUCCUCNAAAAACGAGAGAGAAACGUUGUGAAAUAGACUGA